UCCGCCGCGCGCCGCUCCGCACGCCAGCCCCGGCCCCGGCCCGUCCCGCCGCCCGCCCCGCCGCCCCGCGGCCGCCAUGGACACCGGCAGCAAGAUGACGGCUCGCCUGAUGCUGGCCGUGGGAGGAGCGGUGCUGGGCUCCCUGCAGUUCGGCUACAACACCGGUGUCAUCAAUGCCCCGCAGAAGGUGAUUGAGGACUUCUACAACCGAACCUGGCUGUACCGCUAUGAGGAGCCCAUCAGCCCUGCCACCCUCACCACGCUCUGGUCCCUCUCUGUUGCCAUCUUCUCCGUGGGGGGCAUGAUCGGCUCCUUCUCCGUGGGGCUCUUUGUCAAUCGCUUUGGACGGCGCAACUCCAUGCUGAUGUCCAACAUCCUCGCCUUCCUCUCUGCCAUCCUCAUGGGCUUCUCCAAGAUGGCUUUCUCCUUCGAGAUGCUCAUCCUCGGCCGUUUCAUCAUCGGCCUCUACUCGGGCCUCACCACGGGUUUCGUGCCCAUGUACGUGGGGGAGGUGUCGCCCACGGCACUGCGGGGAGCGCUGGGCACCUUCCACCAGCUUGGCAUCGUCCUGGGCAUCCUCAUCGCGCAGGUGUUUGGUUUGGACUUGAUCAUGGGAAACGACUCUCUGUGGCCGCUGCUCCUGGGCUUCAUCUUCGUCCCUGCGCUGCUCCAGUGUAUCAUCCUGCCCUUUGCCCCUGAGAGCCCUCGCUUCCUCCUCAUCAACCGCAACGAGGAGAACAAAGCCAAGAGCGUCCUCAAGAAGCUGCGAGGCACCACAGACGUCAGCAGCGACCUCCAGGAGAUGAAGGAGGAGAGCAGGCAAAUGAUGAGGGAGAAGAAGGUCACCAUUAUGGAGCUCUUCCGUUCCCCCAUGUAUCGCCAGCCCAUCCUCAUCGCCAUCGUCCUCCAGCUGUCCCAGCAGCUCUCGGGGAUCAACGCGGUCUUCUACUACUCCACCAGCAUCUUUGAGAAGUCGGGGGUGGAGCAGCCCGUCUACGCCACCAUCGGCUCCGGCGUGGUCAAUACGGCUUUCACCGUCGUCUCGCUCUUCGUGGUGGAGCGAGCCGGCCGCAGGACGCUGCACCUCAUUGGGCUGGCGGGGAUGGCGGGUUGCGCCGUGCUCAUGACCAUCGCCCUGACGCUGCUGGACCAAAUGCCCUGGAUGUCCUACCUCAGCAUCGUGGCCAUCUUCGGCUUCGUGGCCUUCUUUGAGAUCGGUCCAGGCCCCAUCCCUUGGUUCAUCGUGGCAGAACUCUUCAGCCAAGGCCCUCGUCCCGCUGCCUUCGCCGUUGCUGGGCUCUCCAACUGGACCUCCAACUUCAUCGUGGGGAUGGGCUUCCAGUACAUCGCGCAACUCUGCGGCUCCUACGUCUUCAUCAUCUUCACGGUGCUGCUAGUCCUCUUCUUCAUCUUCACCUACUUCAAGGUGCCCGAGACCAAGGGCCGGACCUUUGACGAGAUCGCCUCGGGCUUCCGCCAGGGGGGAGGCAGCCAGAGCGACAAAACCCCCGACGAGUUCCACAGUUUGGGCGCCGACUCCCAGACCUCAUGAAAGAUCAGCUCAUGUGUGACCUGGAACAAAGGAGCUUUGGCCUCUGUCCUGCUGCCUCUGGGACUCGCUGUCCUAACACACCUUCUUUGGACUUUGGUCAACAAAUUCACCUGUGAUUUUCAGAGAUGGAUCAUCAAGUUGGUUCAUCAAUGCUCAAUUCAUAGAAUCACAGAAUCAUUUCAGCUGGAAGAGCCCUUUAAGCCCCUGGAGCCCAGCCUCUGUCCCAGCCCUGUCACCCACCAGCCCAUUGCCCUCAGUGCAACACCCACCCAGCUCUGAAACCCCUCCAGGGAUGGUGACUCCAGCAGCUCCCUGGGCAGCCCCUUCCAAUGCCUGACAGCCCUGGCAGCAAAGAAAUUCUUCCCAUGAAACCUAAAGGAACCCUCUGCCCAUCACAAGUUUUUACCAAGCAGUUUUGGUCUAAGCAGGUUAGAUUUCCUCUUUCUGGAUGCUCCCAAGAAAGGCUGCAGCAAUGAGCCAGACACCAAAGCACUGUAACCAACCUUAAAAAUAACAGACCAUAGAAAAUCCAGGAGAUGAAUGAUGUUCUCAGUGCCACUCUUUAACAGUUACUGUCUCUCUUCUCCUGUUGUUCCACAAUCAGGAGUUAUGCAGUGAUGGAAGGGCCAGUUUAUUUUUAUGGGGAAGAUGAUUGAAGUAGCAGAUGUGUUUGGGUGGGUUAUUUCAUUUUCUUAACAUUGUGGAAAAGCAGAUCCUGUCACCCCACAAACAAACAAACAAACAAGAGCUGAAAAGCACUUGGGCUGCAAAAGAGCUGCACAGCUGCACCACCCAGGAGGCCAAAAAGCAGAGAUAAAAGACUGUACUGAGUGGGAAAGGGUAUUUAAAGUUGGCCAGGUAAACAAAAGGAGGGGAUUGUUGUUUCUCCCCCUCUCCCUGCUUUGAGAAAGGGGAAUCCCUCUCAGCAGCAGCAGGAUGAGGACAGGCUGUAAGAAGCAAAACUCAGAUGGCUCUUGGACUAACAGACGUGGUGAGGAUGGGAGAUGCUGGAUCAUCACUGCUCAGGAAGCUCAGGGCUUGGAGUAAGGAUGUGAAAAAGGCAGGAGGCUCAUGAAAUUGGAGAGAGGAUGCUCCCACUCUCCUUAGGGAGGGGAGAAUUUUGAUAAUAAAUACAUCAUAGAUCCCAGCAUGGUGGGGGUUCAUGGUGGGGGCCCUGCAGAGCUGCUGCAGCCCCAGCCCCUGCUACAGCAGGUUCCCCUGGCUCAGGGGGCACAGGAACGUGUCCAGCUGGGGUUGGAAACCUCCUGAGAAGGAGCCUCCACACCCUCCCUGGGCAGCCUGGGCCAGGGCUCCCUCACCUCAGCACCAAAGGAGCUUCUCCUCCUGUUCCAGUGCCACUUGUUGUGUUCCAGCUUAUGUCCAUCACCCCUUGUCCUGGCACUGGGCACUAAAGAAGAAGUGUCCUCCAUCCUCCUGACAAACACCCUUUAGGUACUUGUGUUGCUGAGAUCCCCCUGAGCUCAGGCUUCUCUUCCCCAGGCUGAACAGCCCCAGGGCUGCAGCCUUUCAUCCUCACACACAUGUUGCAGCCCCUCAGCAUCU